AUGGUGAAGUGCAAGAAGGUCAAGCAAAAUGAUCGUUUGGGACGAAAGGAGAAGCCGAAGUUUGGUGAAAGUUGUAUGCUAAGAAACCUAGGGAUUCUGCGCAGGGUUGUACCAAGUUGUGAAGAGGUGGACGACGAGGAAGCCUUAAUCCUCAAGUCAAUUCAGCAUCUCAUGCUUCUUAAAUCUCAGGUUACUUUACUGAGAAAGCUAGCUGAUGUUUGUGGAGUCUAA